CAACAGAAAGUCAUGAUCUUUAACCAUUGGAUUUAUAAAUAAAAAAUCCCAUCACCUACGUUAAAGAUCGAUAAUCACACAUACAAUACAAUACUAUUUCCAAAAGUUGCAAUCAAACUCAAAUAGCAAAGCUGUUUAGCAUGUGUGAUUGCAAUGGAAGGUCUGGAAUUAGCACGACCAGACCAUACAACUUGAGUCAACGAGUGGCAUAAUGAAGCACUUGUUGUACGCAUUCUCACAAACAGCUGGUGCGCGUGAACACAGGAUAAAAGUACCCAUCCACAGAAUUGAAAUCUUGAAGAAUAUCAACAAUUCAAGAUCUUUUGACAAAUCUGUGGAUGAAAUUUCCUAUACAAAUAAAUCUUCACAGCCAUAUCGGCAUUGCCACGUGGGGUUCUUUAUCGACUGCGUAUUUGAUGAUCUGGGUAAGAUUUGCCGAAUUCCGUCGUCGUAUUCGUAAAAAUUAAAUUAAAAAAUGGAGAUAGAAGCACAUCUUCAUAUACCUAUAAAACAAAUCAAGGUUGAUAAAUCAGAACCACCAAUGGCGUUGAUAGCGCCACCUCCUGCCGCCGAAUUCUUUCCAAAACUAAUCCACCGCUCAAAAUCGGUACCAUCUCACCUCUACACCGAACAGCGGCGGGUUAUACAGACAAAAACGAGUAUGAAAACCGCCCACCACCACCUCAAAAGACAUGCGUUGCGAAUUGUCAACGCGGCGGUGGAAGGCGGUGGACAGGCAAGAAUUUUGUUGUCGGACGUGGUGGUGAAGCGGCCGAGGGAGGUGUAUAGGGGUAGGAAAUGGAAUGCCAUGGACCUGACGACGGCGGGAGUGGUGGUGGCGAUGCAUUUGCUAUGUGGUUUCGCUCCUUUUACAUUCAGUUGGGGAGCUUUAUCGGUAGCGGUGGCGUUGUAUGUGGUGACUGGGCUUUUGGGUAUUACUCUCUCCUUCCACAGAAAUCUAUCUCACAAAAGCUUCAAGCUCCCGAAAUGGCUUGAAUACACGUUCGCUUAUUGCGGGGUCCAUGCUCUUCAGGGAAACCCAAUAGAUUGGGUGAGCACACAUAGGUAUCAUCAUCAAUACUGUGAUUCGGAGAAAGAUCCACAUAGCCCGAUUGAAGGAUUUUGGUUCAGUCAUAUGAGUUGGUUGUUUGAUACUGACAACGUUACAAAAAGGUGUGGAGAGCCGAACAACGUUGGAGAUUUGGAGAAACAACCAUUUUAUAGGUUUCUUAGAAGAACUUAUGUCGUACAUCCAGUAGCACUCGCCCUUGUUCUAUAUGCACUCGGGGGAUUUCCCUUUAUUGUAUGGGGAAUGGGUGUGAGGAUAGUUUGGGUGUACCACAUUACAUGGCUAGUGAACUCGGCUUGUCAUGUAUGGGGACAACAAGCAUGGGACACUGGAGACCUUUCGCGAAACAAUUGGUGGGUGGGAAUUCUAGCAUUUGGAGAAGGAUGGCACAACAAUCACCAUGCAUUUGAAUACUCAGCAAAACAUGGAUUAGAAUGGUGGCAGAUCGAUAUGACAUGGUAUAUGAUUCGGUUUCUUGAGGUUAUUGGGGUGGCCGUUGAUGUUAAGCUACCAACACAAACUCAUAUUCAAAGAAUGGCAUUCCAUCCCAAAACUUGAUCUUCAUAACUCUACUUUUGGAUAUUGAGCAUCAAGUUUGAAAAGACAGGUUAUCAUUUUUAGUGUUAAGCGACUAGUUUAUAACCUAUUGUUUUUUUUUUCAUGUUUUGUGUACAUGAGGAACCUUGUCACUUAUCCUUUUACUUAUGUUUAUAUAGA